AUGAAAAUGCUCUGGCACUUUUUGAGUGUAACAACGCUAAACUCAUUUCAUAUAUAUAAACGAAAUGGAGGCCGACUGAAAAGGAUAAAUUUCUUGUUAGAAUUGGGAGAACAAAUAGUUAGAAAAUAUAGCUCACAAAUAACUUUCGGAACAAGGAGAUCAAGGACACCAAUGCCAUCAAGAUUUAUUGAACGUCACUUUCCGUCGGUUAUACCACCUACUACAAAACAAAAACCAACAAAAAGGUGUGCAAUAUGUGCUGAAAAGAAAAUCAGAAAGAAAAGCCGUUACUGGUGCCAAAAAUGCCAUACUGGUCUGUGUCCCGCACCGUGUUUUGAGAUUUUCCAUACCAAGUAACAAAAAAUCUAAAAAAAUAAGUAUGAAGAAUGGAAUGAGAAAACUGGUGCACCUUCAAUGCAAUGUUAUAAGUUAGCCUUCACCUUUACUUUUCUUUAGAUACCAGUUCAAUAUUUUUAUGUUGUUUUGACGAUAAUAUACGCCUUUCAGUUUUAUUGUCGAAUUGUAAUGCUAUUGACGUAUAUAUACGCUAGUGAAUAUAGUCAGUGCUGAUGACGGAUAUGUCCGCAUGCGAUAAAAUUACGGGCCAUCUAGAAAAGCCUAUGGUUGUUCAUCCUGGGCCACUUAACAGGUUAAUAUCCAAGUUACCACGUGACACACGAUUCUGUCUGUAAAGUAGAUGUGGUCUACUUGC